AUGUUCGGUUCAUACAGCUCAUACAGCUCCGUGAGCACCAUGUCUACCGCCAUCGAUAUCAGCCCCUCCAACCUUCGAACUCGCGAUGCCUCGUGCGCCUUUCCCUCCUGGCCCAGGCGAGAGUCUCUCUCCGAGUUCGACCGCGAGGAGCGAGCUACCUCUUUCCUCUCCGACGACGACCUUCUCCUGUCGGACCCCUUCGACAGUGACAGCCACAGCAUCGCCAGCUCCAGCGCCUCGUCCUCUCCCAUCAUGAUGCAGUCUCCUCCCCGCCUGACUGACGCCGAGGUCCUGGAGAUGCAGCGAGAGAAGCUUGCUCUGCAGCGCGAGUGCAUGCGCCAGAUCAUGCUUGAGAAGGAGCGCCGCAAGCAGGCUUCUAAGAAGAAGAGCCGCUCUGCAUCCAGCGCCAAGAAGAGCCCCAAGUCCAAGCUUGUCUCCAUGACCCCCAUUUCCGAGUAA